AGGGGCGGGAGCGGCUGGCGCGCGCGGGCCGCGGCAUGGGAGCUGCCCGGCGCGGCGGGGCCCGGCCCGGCUGCUGAUGAGAUUUUUUUAUUCAGUCUUAAAAAAGAAGCUGCAAUGGAGAAUACAGUAUUGGUCACUGUACUUGUGUCAUUUUCCCUACUGCUGCAUGAAAGUUAUCAUCAUGAAGUGAAUACAGUUACUGUUGUGCAUGCAUCAGAGAGAACCUUUCCAGAAAAAGCAGCUGGCAUUAAUACUGAUUUGGCAGGAUUGAUACAGAAGUUUCACCUUCAAGAACUCUUUCAUCGUUAUGGAGAAAACAAUUCUCUGUCAAUUGAAGGCUUUAGAAAAUUGCUCCAAAACAUUGGCAUAGAUAAAAUAAAAAGAAUUAAAAUACCCCAUGACCAUGACCACGACCAUGACCACGACCAUCACCAUGAUCAUCACCAUCAUAACCAUGUUUCAUUGAGUAAAAACUCUGAAAAAACUGUUUGUCCAAACCGUGAGUCUGAUGCUAACAAACAUCACAGGAACAGUCACUCAAAGGAACCUCAUAAAGCAGAGAAUGUUGGAGAUCAGCAGAACUUUGUACGCAGCAAAAACACCGUUAAUGAAAUAAUGGCAUCUAUCAUCACUGCUCCCACAGACAGCCACUCUGAAUUACACAGUGCACAACCUGGAGGUGUCAAGUUGGUUGCUCGUUUAGGUCUGACCAGCAAUAACGCUGUGAAUGUCACAGGUAGCAGCAAUGCAAGCUGGCUGGUGAACAGCAAAGCAAAUGAAUCUCAUGCAUCACCAAAGGAAUUGGAAAGAGGAAGCUACCUGUAUUCUAAACUGAAAAAACAAAAUACCCAAGAGUGCUCCAGUGCAUCAAAACUGAUGCAGUCCCAUGGAAUGGGCACUCAGGUGUUGUUGAGUGCUACUGAAUUUAGUUACCUCUGUCCAGCUCUUAUUAAUCAGAUCGAUGGCAAACACUGCAUAGUACAUGCAACUAGUGAAAAAGCUGAAACUCCUCCAAAAAGUUACUCUCUGCAAAUAGCUUGGAUUGGUGGCUUUAUAUCCAUCUCAGUCAUCAGUUUUCUUUCCUUACUGGGUGUUAUAUUGGUACCAUUGAUGAAUCGUGUAUUUUUCAAGUUUCUCCUAAGUUUUCUUGUGGCCCUGGCUGUGGGGACUUUGAGUGGAGAUGCUUUCUUACAUCUCCUUCCACAUUCACAUGGAAACCAUCACCAUCACCAUGAAAAACCUCUACUUGAGCAAAACAAAGACUCUAUGUUCAAACAUCUUGUUUUUCAAAGUGCAGAGGAGAGUGCUUACCUAGAUUCCACUUGGAAGGGACUUACAGCACUUGGAGGCUUGUAUUUCAUGUUUCUGGUGGAGCAUUUGAUCACUUUAAUAAAGCAGUUUAAGGACAAGAAGAAAAAGAAAAAAAAUGAAGAUGAUGGAGAAAGUAAGAAGUUUUCGGCAAAUGAAGAAAAGUUAGAUGCAGAUGAUCGGCCUGAGGGCUAUCUGGGGACAGACUCCCAAGAUCCAUCACCCUUCAUUUCUCAGCAGCCAACUGUGCAAGAAGAAGAAGAAGUGAUGAUAGCUCAUUCUCAUCAUGAGGAGGCUGACAAUGAAUAUGUGUCCAGAGGCUGUAGAAACAAAUGUCAUUCUCACUUACACGAUACACUGGGUCAGACAGAUCAUCUUAGUCAUCAUCACCAUGACUACCAUCAUAUUCUGCAUCACCACCAUCAUCAGAACCAUCAUCCCCACAGUCACAGUCAGCGCUACUCGCGUGAAGAACUGAAGGAUGCAGGGAUAGCAACUCUGGCUUGGAUGGUGAUUAUGGGAGAUGGACUACACAAUUUUAGUGAUGGCCUAGCUAUUGGAGCAGCCUUUACUGAAGGGUUGUCCAGUGGUUUAAGCACUUCUGUGGCUGUAUUUUGCCAUGAAUUACCUCAUGAACUAGGCGAUUUUGCCGUGCUCCUCAAAGCUGGUAUGACUGUCAAACAAGCCGUGCUUUAUAAUGCCCUGUCAGCUAUGCUGGCCUAUCUUGGAAUGGCCACUGGGAUUCUCAUCGGUCAUUACGCAGACAAUGUUUCAAUGUGGAUAUUUGCACUUACUGCUGGCUUGUUCAUGUAUGUGGCUCUUGUGGAUAUGGUACCUGAAAUGCUCCACAAUGAUGCCAGUGAUCAUGGAUGUAGCCGCUGGGGUUACUUCUUGUUACAGAAUGCUGGGAUCCUGUUGGGUUUUGGGAUAAUGCUGCUUAUCUCUGUAUUUGAGCAUAAGAUUGUAUUCAGCAUAAACCUCUAAUCCUGGUUGCCAGGAAGAGAGCUUGGUGUUGUAAAUUAUAACUGUUAGGGUUUUUCUAUUCAAUUCCUUAAUGGAGAGGUACGUUUGAGAUAGACUAGGUAUUUUUACUGAUGUGCUUUAUUGUUGUGUCCCUCUCUCCCUUCUCCCCUGAUAGAAAUGAACACUGUCUGUUUUGGGUUUGUUUUUCACUUAGGAUGUAGCAUUGCAUAUGGUACUGUGGAAAGUUGUACUUGGAAAACAUGAUGGAAGUGCCAAAAUUAUUCAAGGGUUAUUGUCUAGGGGGUUAGGAUGUGGGGUGUUUUGUAAAGUAAAUUUAUUUACUAUAUGUAAUGUAACUUUUUUACUUCAGUGAUGCUUUAAAGAAAUGAAACAACAGUGGAUUUUAUUUUAGCACAAUCAAAAUCAAUGGAUACGAAGUACAGUAUACAGUGUAAAACGAAAAGAGGACAUAUAAUGGGUAGCAUGUGUUUGUGUGGAUAGAAACUCAUCCCUUGUGCAUCCACCUGUUUACACAGAGUGGCAGAUGAGGCCACUCAUUCCUUUUUGUGGUGGUUCUUCUCUCCACAGCUUGUGGAGUCUUGUGUUUCACUCCAGUUGGUUUCCACUCCAAACAAACACAAAAUAAGUGUUUACAGCAGAUGUUCUGUUUCCUCCUUUCUGAUGUGAGUCUCUCUUCACUCAUUUCUCAAAUCAGCAACAAAAGUACAGCUAUUAGAUUGUAAAAGCAUAGCUCUAGCUCUAAUGCACGUGGUUUCUGUUAAAAGUCCUUUAAAGUACUGCUAUAUCCAACCCAAUGCUGCUUGAAAUGGCAAAGGCGUUUUAAAGUCUGAUUGAUAUCAAGGGGAAGAGUGCUACAGACUGAGGCAAACAGUUUAUUAUUUUCUUAAGUAAAGUGUUGAUUUACUUGGGAAAUAAGCUGAGUGGGAGAGAUCACUGCUUCUAGUUCUGUGGGAUUGCACACCAGCCUAUGCUUGCAAAACACUUGUAUUCUCUGCAGCAGCUAAAGCUGAGAAAUCCAGAACAGCAAAGUUUCUUUGACAGCAUGUAUAGGAAAGCAGCAUGGUAGGGUUAAUUACAGGUGUAUAUGGAAGUAUGUAAUUUGAGCUUACAGUCUUACUAUUUUAACCACCGUGGAAGUGACCAAAGGAGGAAGGAUGAAAAAGAUAAUAGCUAGGCAUAAAAUCUACAGAAAAUGAAAACUUAUUUCUGAUUCAGCUUUACCACUGCUUUAAAUCAUCAGCUGAAUAAAAAGCUUGAACAGA